AUGGAAACGGAAGCAGUCGUUAGAACCGUCGCCGGCGUUGACUGUUUCGUCUCACUACCUCCUCAGAUACUCCACGUGCUUCAAUCCACUAGCUCAUCUCUCCUCCCUCCGCUUCUCCCCGUCGAGCUUCGCUCCGGUGAUCGUCGCUGGCCAGUUGCUUGGUCCGGCUCAAGCUCAUCCUCUUCUGCGAUCGAGGUCGCUAGAGUGUUUGCGGAAGCUAUUUCGUUGCCGGAUGGUACAGUUGUUCAGGUUCGAGUUCUCUCUAACGUCCCCAAGGCUACUUUGGUAACAGUUGAGCCAGAGACUGAAGAUGAUUGGGAAGUUCUUGAGCUUAAUGCAGAGCUUGCUGAGGCUGCUAUACUUAGUCAGGUGAGGAUACUUCACGAGGCCAUGAAGUUCCCUUUGUGGUUGCAUGAUCGAACUGUGAUAAGAUUUGCUGUGGUUUCUACAUUUCCACCAAAAGGGUACAACUUGUGCGAGGAACUGAAGUCGCCGUGGCUCCUAAGAGACGUGAAAGGAAUCUCAGCUCGAAUAAAGAAUGGAACAAUGUGA